AAUAGAAAACGAAUAAGGCCACGUGCGGCAGUGAUGUAUCGAUGAGCACGCGCUCAACUAUCUCAGUGAUUUGAUCCAAGCAUCAAUCUUGCCAUCGAGCUCUAGCUCGAACAGCCAGUACGAGGAUGGCGCCCAACGAUUUUGACUUGCGUAUGCAGUCCCCUCGCCCGGAAACGCCCGAGCCAUCAUCGAAGCAGGGCAGGCGAAACGCCCAGUUCAAUGAUGCCCAGUUGCUUGACGCCGACGGUGCAAUUUCUGACAAGCUCGAACGCUGUCUUCGUCAUAUUUUCGCCAAAUAUUGCACGCCGCGCCCGCCGCGUCCCCAAAAACACGACUCUACGACUCUCCUCACGCCCCCUGAUGAUGCGAUUCUUGACGCCGCAGGGCUAGACGCGUGGGCAGAAGAUACGAAUGGCGCACCGUUUAGUGAAGAGACUAAAGAGGAGCUCAGAGAAUUCUUGGACGUCACUGAAGAAGGCGAGCUGACGUUUAAAGGCUUCGCGCAGAUAUAUCAGCUGCAGACAGAUAAUGACGAGGAAGAAACAUGGAAAGAUUUGUCAAACCACGGAUUUGAUCGUACCCUCACCAUUGUUUCAACGCGUCGGGAGGAAGAGGCUGAGAGCAGUCAUAUGCCUCUUUUCAUGUCAUGUACGUCAGGUCGCUCUCAUUUCCAUCUUUACGGGAAUGCCAAUCACCUCUCACGUAGGACGAGACCACAAAAACGUGUAUAACCCUUGAUACAUUUUGAACAUACUAACCACAGACUAGCCAUGACCUUACGAUGCCCAUGACUUCAUUACUUAUCUACCUCCGUAUUCACGACUUCGUCCGAUCUUUCGAACAUUCCAUAUUUUAACCCAUCUGCUGGAUGAUGUUCACGCACUAGACUUAAUCAC